AUGACGAAUAUAACUGAUACAUCAAUUUCCGAAUUAACUCAUCGUUUACCAACAACUGUUAUUCCAUCACAUUACCAAUUAUAUAUAGAUGUUGGUCAACUUGAACAAUAUCUUUUUCAAGGCACUGUUGACAUCGAUAUUCAAGUCAAUGAAAAUAUAAAUAAAAUUAUAUUAAAUAGUGUUGCUUUAAAUAUAACAAAAGUUCAAUAUCAAGAAAAUAAUUCAGUUUCUUCUAUUGUUAAUGGUUUACCUGAAUUCAAUGAAGGAUAUGAACAAGUAACAAUUAAAUUUACUCAAACAAUUAAUCCAGGAAAUGGUCGUCUACAUAUAGAAUUUAAUGGUAUUAUAAGUGAGCAACUUCAUGGAUUUUAUCGAACAAAAGAUAAUAAUCAAAUAGGUGCAUGUACACAAUUUGAACCUGGUUAUGCUCGUCAAGCUUUUCCUUGUUUUGAUGAACCAUUAUUUAAAGCAAAAUUUACUAUUAGUAUUCGAGCACCAAAACAUUUAACCACAUUGAGUAAUAUGCCAAUAAAAUCACAACGAAAUGAUGGAGAUCAUACAUGUAUUUAUGAAUUUGAUACAACACCAAUUAUGUCAACUUAUUUAGUUGCUUAUGUUAUUGGAGCUUAUGAUUAUGUCGAAACACAUGAUUCGAAUAAUGUACAGAUUCGUGUUUAUACACCAGUUGGUAAAAAAGAACGAGGAUUAUUUGCUUUACAUACAACUGCUAAAAUUCUUCCAUUCUAUGCUGAAUAUUUUGGUAUUAAAUAUCCAUUAAGUAAAGUUGAUUUGAUUGCAAUAGCUGAUUUUGGUUCUGGUGCUAUGGAAAAUUGGGGUUUAAUAACAUCUCAUGAAACAUAUUUACUUGUCGAUAGUCAAAAUACAACACAAGAAACUAAACAAGAAGUUGCUCUUAUUGUUGCUCAUGAAUUAGCACAUCAAUGGUUUGGAAAUUUAGUUACAAUGGAAUGGUGGAAUGAUUUAUGGCUUAAUGAAGAUAAUUUUGCUACUUGGAUUCAAUUUCUUGCUAUUGAUCAUGUUUAUCCUGAAUAUGAUAUUUGGACACAAUUUGUAUCUGAUAUAUUAGCUACAUGUAUGAUUCCAGAUGCACUUUAUAAUAGUCAUCCAAUUGAAAUACCUAUUAAAAAACCAACUGAUAUUAAUGAAAUAUUUGAUGAUAUUACUUAUGAAAAAGGUUCAAGUGUAAUCCGUUUACUUCAUGCAUAUAUUGGUGAUGAAGCAUUUCGUAGUGGUUUACAAAAUUAUCUUGCUGAAUAUGCAUAUAAAAAUACAAUAACAGAAAAUCUUUGGUCACAUUUAUCUCAAACAUCAAAACGACCUCAUUUAUCUGAUAUACUUUCAACAUGGACAAAACAAAUGGGUUAUCCACUUCUUAAUGUAAGACAAGAACAACAAGGAAAUAAUCGAUUAUUAACAAUUGAACAAACACGUUUUCUAGCUGAUGGAACAAUAGAUGAUAAAUUAAAAUGGAAAAUUCCAAUAAAUAUUUGUACGAAAUCAAAUCCAAAUGAACCUAUUCAUCAAUUAUAUUUAGAUGAAGAAAAAAAACAAGAAUUUGUACUUGAAAAAGUAACAGAAACAGAUUGGAUUAAAUUAAAUUUAUUUAGUGUUGGUAUCUAUCGUGUUAAUUAUCCUCAAUCGAUGCUUGAUGCUUUAAUACCAGGUAUACAAGAUCAUACACUUUCUCCUCAAGAUCGUUUUGGUAUUCAAACAGAUGUUUAUGCAUUAGCACGUUCUGGUCAUAUUAAUUAUGUUGAUUAUUUAAGAUUACUUCGUCAUGCAUAUAAACAUGAAGAUAAUUUAACUGUUUGGAAAUCUAUAUUAAAACAAUUAACUGAUCUUAAUUCAAUAAUCGAUUAUGCUCAUAUUGAUAAUAUAAAAAAAUAUUUUCAAACAUAUAUAUGUGAUCUUUUAUCAAAUAUUUAUAAUAAAUUAGAAUGGGAUCCAUUACCAAAUGAAGGUUUACAAGCAGCUAUGCUUCGUGAUCUAAUAUUAAUACAAAUGGGUAUUAAUGGACAUAAUAAAACACGUGAAGAAGCACAUAAACGUUUUCAAAUAUUAUUGAAUAGUAAUAAUCAAAAUCAUCAUUCAAUUAAUCCAAAUAUUCGUGCAGGAAUUUAUUUAACUGUUGCUAAAACAGGAAAUCAAGAAAUAUUCGAACAACUUAAAUCACUUUAUCGUAAAGCUGAUACACAAGAAGAAAGUAUUCGUUUAUUAACUGCACUUUGUCGUUUUGAUGAUGAAAUGAUUCAACGUCAAGCUCUUGAAUAUAUUUGGAAUAGAGUAUAA